AUGGAUGAUUCCCGUUCACCUCCAGUCUCCCCGCGGCCCUCCCCGAUGCCCUCCCCCCGAGAGGCGUCUCCUCCUUCGCAACCAUCGUGCAUGGCAAUGCCGCGUAUUCCACCCACUCGACGGAACACCACAGACGAUAUCAACAACCUGGCAACACGUGCGCUGGUCGCCAAAGCAGAGGGGAAACACGAUAAGUACCCGCGCAAUAACUAUGACUACGAGGGUAACUUUGCCGACGCGGAAAAGAGAAAAACCGGCAUGCUCGAAGUUCCAGUCACGUCGAAUACCCCAUUCGACGUCACCAAGCCACCGACUUCAGUGAGGGACGACAUUGCGGGCAACCGUACCCUACAUCCCAACGAUAGGGCCCACGCGGAGCAGAACCCUGUUAACGACCCCGACGUAUGUCGCGCUGUUGUUCAUAACGUGGUUCGCGACACUACUAUGCCGAACCCUGUCACCGAGACCAGUGAACCUCACGUCCUGGGCCUCGUUUACCAUCCCGAAGGAGACAGACGAGGUUUCCGCCGCGCUCCUUUGGAGCCCAUGGACAGGCGCGGACGCCAAAUCGUUCGACGCCAUGACGAUGAUCAUGAUCGCCCGCAGCGCGGGUCUUCAUGGCCGCCAAGGGGUUUGGAUGCGGGGGAGUUGGCCUGCAUUGAGGCCCGGUAUCAAAAGAGGGAGCCGAGUCGACGACGCCGACAUGAUGGUGUUUGA